AUGGCACCAUUAUUCACGGAUUUUCGAAAAAUAAGAAAAAGGAUGAAGAGGACCUUGAAUUAUGGAUCGAAACAACCGGCCAAUCUGAAUUUCCCACUUUCUGGUUAGUUUGAUAUUUAUUUAAAUGUAUUCAUAAUGUUACUGAAUGAUGUAUUGUUAUAGAACUUGUUGUUGAAUACUUUGACAAAAAAUGCACAUUCGAUUAUAUGGAGCCCGAAACCUCUACUUCGAUUUCUAAAAAUGGAUAUGCUGACCCUUGUUCACUCGUUGUUGCACUUGUUUAUUUGGACCGCCUCAGAUGUCAAAACAAGGUAGUUCACUAUCUAAAAUGUCAUUUUUAUUAUUUUUUCAUUUCAGAACUACUUUGAAUCGACUGAUCCAACCGCUUUAUACAUCCCAGCUCUUGUUCUUGCUUCGAAAUAUUUACAUGAUGCGGAUACUUAUGACAGAGUUUCGAAUUCAGAAUGGGCCGAAUCGUUGAAAAUCAAUGCAGAUGAACUGAAUGAAAAUGAAUGGAGUUUUGUGAAAAAUCUCGAUUGGAAUGUCUCUGUGAAAAACGAAGACUUCGAAAUUUAUUUGAAUAAUAUGGAAAAAUGGGUGGCAAACUCGUUUCUGAAAAAGAAUGAUUUCGUUACUUAUAACGAAUUGGACAUUUUGGUAAGUUUCAAGAAACAAAAAUUUUCAUAAAUAAUUGCUUAUUUUUCAGUCCUCUGCAGUUCCAAUAUACGAUUUAAUCCGUCAGUUGGCCGAAAUCUUCAGCUCAGUUUCACUUAUGUAUUGUCUCACUCUUGCUCUUCUUUCAACUACAAUUCAAAAAGUCCACUUCCAACAACAACCGACUGAAAUAAUCGAAGGACUUGUGGUGAAAAAUCAAACUCUUGAGUUUCCGAAGUUUGAUUUUGGCAAUCUUUCACCGUCGAUUUGGAAUAUUGGAAAAACUAAAAACCGAAGCACUGAAACCAAUCUUCUUUGUGAAAAGCAAAUGGAAAGUGGAUUCGACUUUGAUAUCGAAAAGUCGUGCAGAAAUAAUAUUGAACAUCAUUUUGCCUCAACUGUUUUCAUCAAAUAA